AUGGACAGCUCCGAACACGAUCUCGAGCACCCGAAGAAGCGGCGGCGGCGGGAGAUCGAGCGGCGGCCUCUCUCGACUCGGCUGGCUUUCGACGACACCGUCAAGGGCGAUGCUGCCGUGGUUCCUCGAAGCCUGUGGACAAGUCUAAUCGAUGGCCAUGUUGAUGGCUUCACUGCCACCUCUCCCGCCUAUGUAGCCCUGACACCGCGCACUCUCCUCCAUACCGAGCUUCAAGAGUCAACGUGGACAAUUCUAUCCGUCCAGUCGCCUUCCGAGGGAGGUGUCGAACAGGAGGACAGAGUUAUCAGGCUCUCGCCAACGUCCUCAGCAUGCCAGUCUAUUCUGAAGACCUACGCGUCCAUCGACCGUGAUCGUCACCCGGGCCAUAUUCCCAAGUCAAUCGAGAUUCAGGCCAUCUCGACCAGGCCUCUCACACUGGACACGAUCUACGUGUCCGUCGAAAAGGGUCUACUUGAAAAGAUCGAUGACAUACAAACCAAGUUUGGCGGAGGGUUCCAGUACGGGAAGCAGUUACCGUCCGAGAGGAAGCCAUCGACUCCUAGCGGAGUAUUGCGGAAUGUGCCUCCCAUCACAGGCCGACUCGCCUCCCUUGUCCGGGAAGCGCUGUCUCGUCUGGCUGUGGUCCAUUCAGGAGAUGUCUUCCCUCUGCCACUCCCGGCACAUCCCAUCACCCACGUCCGACCCCCACCCGCCAUUGUGGUAGAGUGCGAGCCAGUGUCCCAAGGACAGCUCGGUGCAAGAACCAAAAUCAUUCUUAUACAGACAGGGUCUUCGCAGGAAAAAGCGCUCAGCAAGCUGGCGCCCGUGCAACCUAUAAUAGAAGAGUCCCUUGAGGAUACUGCCGAGGACACUGCCAACGAUCAGUUCUACUCCGCUGCCGAAGACAGACAGACAGAGGAAGGAUCCGAUGGUGAUGGCUCGUCUGAUGAUGUUUCAGCUGCCGAAGAUUCACACGCCGAGGGCAGCGAUGAGGAGUCGGACGACUCGAUGGAUGAUAUGAUCUCUCUGAGUGCUCCUGGUCUGCCACCUCAGCAAGCGGGGACGUUAUCGGCCAUGACUUCUGCGACGCCGAGGGCGGGUGACAGGAGGGCAACGGGCACACAUACUCCGGGCUCGAUCUAUUCGGGCUUCACCUCGGCGACAGCUCGAGGCGGCAGUCGGCCUGGGAAAGUCUUCAAAACCGAGGCACUACUUCGAAAAGUCCCCCUGGAGCUGAUGCAUCCAAGACCCGGUCUCGAAGAUGACGACGAAUCCUUCGUUUUCAUCGACACAAGCACGCUUGCCAAGAUCGGAUGUUUCUCUGGAGACUGGGUUCGCAUUGAGAUUGCUAAAAAUGUGAGCGCUCAGGGCUUUCCGCCGUCGGCCAUGAAGAACCUCGCUGGACUCGGCGCAGAAGAAGAAUCAGACUGGCGAGCCGUGAGAGUAUUCGGUCUCUCCGGCCUGGCCAAUCUGCAACCACGUUAUGCCGUGGACAAGACUGGUGACAGAAGGUCCAGCUUCUCGCAGAGGGAUUUACUGCUACCAUUCUCGCCGGCCAUCUAUAUCUCGCCGAUACUGCUUGUUAAUCUUUCAAAUGCCCGAUACGUCAAGCUCGGCGCUUUGCCAACCAGUCCUCGACCAGAUCAUCGGUCAAUGCAACCACCACGGUCCAGCACCUCCAGAGCUCCUCCCGUAGCGAAGGAGGUUGUGCUUUCCAAGAUUGCUGAUCCAACAACGACGAACCCGUCUUUUCAGUCCACGUUAUUCUCAUCCCUGCAGUUCCACCUCCAGAGCAAGAAGCGUGUUUUGAAGAAGGGCGACCUCAUUGCUGUGCCAGUAGACCAGGAGCUGGGCAGAGCCAUUACUUCUGCAGGUAGCUCGGAUGAGCCGCCCAGCGAGGAUGAUACGAUCAAGCAACUAAAUGUACCAGGUCCUGCCGGCGCCUCCCGCUUCGCAGUCGCUUGGUUCUCCGUCCAGCAAAUCCACGUAGACCAAACCGGAAAUGAGGCAGAAGAUGGCCAAAAUACCUGGGGUGGAGUGGUCACACUGGACAGCACACAAACCAGGGCCUCUCAAAGUGGUAGUAGCGUCCAGUCGGUCUCGCAUUCGAUAGAGAUAUGGAGUCGUUACUGGUUUGGCAUCAAUAAACUGCCUCAACAGAACUCCCAUCGGAUCGAACACAUUCCUACAGCAGCGGACAUACCCCAAAUGGACAGACUACCCCUGGAAAAGCGCCUGUCUGCCCUCAUCUCCGCCGCUGUUAGCAAUCGAGCCAUCAGUCUCGGACUCCCACCCUUGGUCAUAUUGCUCUAUUCUACUCAAAGGCAGAUUGGGAAGUCAUACAUCGCCAAGUCGGCCUGUUCAGAGAUUGGGGUGCACGUCUUUCCGAUAUCUGCCCAUGAUCUACUAUCCGAGAAUGCGUCCACAACAGGCGGCGGCGACACGAAGACCGAAGCAUUGUUGCGCACGAGAGCUGAACGCGCGCUUUCGGGAGGGUCCCAACAGACAGCCCUCCUCCUCCAGCACAUCGAUGCCCUGACUGCGGAUAGAAUGGUGCCCGUUUUGCAGGAGAUCAUUUCUGAGUCUCGUGUGCUGAUCGCUACGACGACCAAGAUUGACGAUAUACCGGCAGGAGUGCGAAGCCUAUUCACCCACGAAUUCGAAGUGGCUGCGCCGGACGAGACAGCCCGAGAAGUCAUCCUCCGUAAUGCUUGCACCUCGAUUUCCACGCCGCUCUCCAGCACCAUCAAUCUCAAAUCAAUCGCACUGCAGACUGCAGCGUUGGUCGCAGGUGACCUGUUGGAUGUUGUGAAUCGAGCGUCCACCGCACGGAUGUCCCGCUUGUUGUCGCUCGCAGAAGGCCACGGCCGCAGCGUCUCCGACAUCCUCAUUUCCGGAGGCCAGGCAGCAAGCCAUCUUCUACCCAGCGAUUUCAACCGCGCAAUAGCUGCGGCGCGAUCGACCUUUUCCGAUGCAAUCGGGGCUCCCAAAAUCCCGACAGUCACCUGGCAGGACGUGGGCGGGCUUUCAUCCCAGAAAGACGCCAUCAUGGAAACCAUCUCUUUGCCUCUCACGCAUCCCGAAUUGUUCGCCAACGGCAUCCGAAAGCGCUCCGGCAUCUUGUUCUACGGCCCGCCAGGGACGGGAAAAACACUGCUUGCAAAAGCCAUUGCCACUGAGUUUAGUCUCAACUUUUUCAGCGUCAAAGGACCGGAGUUACUGAACAUGUACAUCGGCGAAUCAGAAGCAAAUGUACGCCGAGUCUUUCAGCGCGCGAGAGAUGCUCGUCCAUGUGUCGUCUUCUUCGACGAACUAGACUCUGUUGCGCCAAAGCGUGGCAAUCAAGGCGACAGUGGAGGGGUGAUGGACCGAAUUGUCUCCCAACUUUUGGCCGAGCUCGAUGGCAUGUCCGGUGGAGGGGGAAGCAAUGAUGACCCCGACGCGAAGGAGACGUCGAAUGCAGGCGGAGUCUUCGUCAUUGGCGCCACGAAUAGGCCGGACUUGCUGGAUCCAGCACUGCUUCGACCCGGGCGAUUCGACAAGAUGCUCUACCUCGGCGUCGCCGACACGCAUGAUCAGCAGGUGACCAUCCUAAAAGCCCUCACCCGCAACUUCACACUGGCGCCAGAUGUGGACCUCAUCAGAGUGGCAAGCCGCUUGCCUUUCACCUACACGGGCGCUGACCUGUACGCGCUAUGCAGCGAUGCCAUGCUGAAAGCAAUCACGCGCAAGACGCAAGCCGUCGACGAGAAAGUGCGCCAAAUCAGCAAGGCGCGGGGCGAAGAGAUCAGCACCGGCUACUUUUUCGAUCAUCUCGCCACGACCGAGGACGUGCAGGUCGUUGUCGACGAGGCCGACUUCGCCGCGGCGCAGAAUGAACUGGUCGGCAGCGUCAGCAGCAAGGAGCUCGAGCACUUUGAGAGAAUCCGCAAACUGUUCGAAGAGCAGGACAUCACGGCCGGUGGACCGCCCAAGAACGGCGGUCCACAAGCUGCGCCAUUGCCCGCGCCUGUACCCGUGCCCUUUCGUCCUGCCCCAGCUGUUUCGGCCGCUUCCGAGCCGCGAUCGACCAACCACGCUGGGGAUCCUGCACCAUCAGCUCUUCAAUCCCAGCCUAGUAGGGACAAAGGCAAAGCCAAGCAGCGAGAGAGCAGCAGCAUCACCAAUUCCCAUCCAACCACAAACAGUACCUCCGCGCCCUUCCAGCCCACGCGCAACUCAUCGUUCCACAAGUCCACAGCCCCGCGCCCCAUCCCCAUAGGCAAUCCCAACUCGGGCAACUCCUCGGACGCAGACAACUCCGACUUUGGCGUCGUCAGUCCCAGAACCAUGGCGGCGCACGUCAACGGCAAAGCCACCACCAGCGUGCCUAAUGGGACGAUAACCGCCUCGUCAGGCAGUCUGAGUCUGGACAAAGCAGCAAAACACGACGGUAAGGGUAAGGAAUUGCUGCGAGAGAUGCCUCCCGAAGCCGUGCCCGAUGGGUUCGUGGACGACGUCGAAGGUGAAGACGAGGGGCUGUACGAUGACUGA